AUCGGAACACCAGGACGUCGUGGCAGUAUUGAAUUCACCAUGAUGUGCGCAACCACGACCCGUGCCAUUCCCUUCGACGCAUGUGCUUUGGAUGGAGUUGACGUCGCCAACUCGACCUUCUUGCGGGUGUCGUCAAAGGACAAGAGCUAUCGCUUGAUCCUGGCGUACGUAGCCAACCACCUCGCCAGCACGAGCGACCAUCGGAGCUUUGAAGUUCGAACGGGCAAGAAGAAGACCCAGCGUUCCAACUUGGACGACAGCAGCGACGGCGAGGAAGGCGCAAGCAUCGUCUUGGCUGGCUUUGGACUGCACACGUUUACGUGGCAGUACCACACCCUCCAGUGCCUACGCCAGUCGGUUGGAAAGCCAGUCGGCACAUAUCAAAACGUCGUUCGGUUCGAGAACAUCGUGCUUGUGACCCGCCACUUGAAUGCAGAAACCACGCUGCACUCGUUUGUCGACGCUGUCGUGGCUGCGGCCGAGGCGACGUCAAACGGGUUUUUCUCCAUUUACCGAUGGAGCUUCUGCGACGGGUCGUGGACGGAAGUGCAGACACAUCAACGGCGUCCUCUAGACUCGGUGGUGCUGCCGCGACAAAUGAAGGAAAGCUUGAUCGAUGACGUCGAAGACUUUUUGACGGACAACUGCAGAGCCUUUUACGCCGCGCACGGCAUCCCGUACAAGCGGGGGUAUCUCUUCCACGGCGUCCCUGGCUCGGGGAAGACGUCGCUCAUCCAAGCCAUCGCGACCCAUUGCAAUCGCAACGUGUGCAUGCUUCAGAUCACCCAUCCCAACCUCAACGACACAUACCUCCGAAGUAUUCUGGACGAGCUCCCUCCUCGAUCGGUCCUUGUACUCGAAGACAUCGAUGCUGCAUUCACGAGAGACCGGAAGCCAAAGAUGGAAAACUCGGGCUUGACCUUUUCUGGCCUCCUCAAUGCCCUCGACGGACUCGAGUUCCAAGACGGCCACAUCCUGGUCAUGACGACCAACUUCCGCCACCAGUUGGACGACGCGCUCAUUCGGAACGGCCGCAUCGACGUUCAAGUCGAGUUUUCGUACACCACGUCGGACCAAAUGGCCGACAUGUUUCUGCAGUUUUAUCCCAGCGAGACGCGCGAGCGAGGACGGGACUUUGCCACUGCACUUGUGACUGCGCUCUGUCCGGACCGACGGCUGACAACAGCGAGGCUGCAGCACUACUUUGUGACCCACCGUCGGAGCACAGCUGACGAAGCCAUUGCCAACGUCGGCGCGUGGCCCAAGAGAUGGAUGUUCGCUGAGGCUGGGUGAUGCCGACGAAAAAGAUCAUGGUGAAUGAGGAAUGCGACGAAGACGAUGCCCACGGAGACGACAUUGGAUGAUGGGCUUACAUGUCAGUCAGGUCGAAAUAUAUUUCGUAAAAUCUACGUUGGACACUGGCGUACGCAAUGCCAUUCCUGGGAGCA